AUGCAGCUCCACGCUUGGUGGUUGCUCUCGGUGGUGCUAUUUGCACAAUGCUGCAUGUUCUCGGGAGGGCAGCACACGUUCGCCCACGCGAGGGAUCUUGCACAUGAGUAUCCGUCAUCGACGUCGUUGUGUGGGGAGAAUCUCGCCAAGGAGACCGGGACACUCAACGGUCUCUACUACGUAUUCUACGAGUCGUCAUCCACCAGAGCCGAUGUUCCUGUGCUCCUGUGGCUCUCGGGCGGUCCUGGGUGCUCCGGGUUGGUCGCGCUGCUGUUCGAGAAUGGCCCUUGCAUGUUCGACGAUGAGGCCGACAAGAUAUCCUUCAACCCGUACUCCUGGACAGGUCUCGCUCACGUUAUCUACCUUGACCAGCCCGAAGGUACUGGGUACAGUGGUGGAGAGAACGGAUUCACGAAAGCUUGGUCGCUCGGGGGCGCAGCGGACCGCAUGCGAGGGUUCCUGCAGCAAUUCUGCCUGCAACAUCCAAAGCUCAAGUCACAAGACUUCUACGUAUUCGGUGAGAGCUAUGCCGGACACUACGUACCAGAUUUGGCUGCGAGACUUCUCGACGAUGACAGCUCGCUCCCCACGUUGAAAGGCAUCGCAAUCGGCAACGGUGUGGUGUCGACCUCAGCUUGGGUCGAGUCGGCGAUCCCGUUCUUGACAUCCUACAACUACGGGUACCAAUUCCUUGGCCCGGACGACGAAGACCUCCAGCAUUCAACGGAUCUCUUCUCAUCGGCCAUUGCGAACUGCACGAAAGAAGGCAAUUUGCGUCAUUCGUCUGCGGGUGGAGACUGCGCCGAGGCUCUCGAGCGAUUCAAUGAGGUCUCGUGCAAGACAGCGUCGUUGGUCUUCAACCGUGGUCGAAACGUCUACGAUGUCCGUCGGGAGUGCCACGAGGACGACGAACUCCAUCUGUGCUACCGCUUCACGCGGCUGCAAGACUUUGUUAGCUCCGAAGCAACAAAGGCCUACUUCAACGAAGCUGCCCACAACUGGAGGGUGUGUACACCUGGAGGUCUUGCGGAAUUGGCGCCACUCGACAGACUCGAAGAGAGCGAGUACAAUGUCGCUCGAGUUCUCGAGCACGGCGUGCGCGUGUUGGUCUACGGCGGCGACGCCGACACGGUGGUCAACUGGAUGUCACAAGACUCGUGGACGCGUGCUCUCGCCUGGGAACACCAACCAGCCUUCACGUCCGCUGACUUCGAAGACGUGCACUUCCAGGGCCAAGCCAUCGGUCGCGUCCGCACCUCGCACGGAUUCAGCUUCAUGAAAGUCUACGGCGCAGGCCACAUGGUUCCUCACGACCAGCCCGCCACGUCGUACGAAAUGGUGCGCAGCUUCCUCUACGACGCACCAGGAGAAGGCAUGUUCAGUUAG